AUGUCAUCCUCAUCCAGCACCAGCAGGUCACUCCGAUCCUCCAUCUCGCCGUUCCGUUCCCGCAAGCCUCCUGCUCAGCGUCUCCCCUCGCCGGCUCCGCCGCCGAAACAUGGCGUAAGGCCUUCAACUCCUCCAUCGGUUACUUCUUCUUCUUCGUCCAGGCCUCCCUCGAGGUUGUCCACCUCCACUGCCGGUCCCAGCUCAGCUCCCGCCGGCCAGACUCCUGACCGGCUCGAUGAUAACAAGUCCAGGGAAAAUGUGACGGUCACGGUUAGGUUUCGGCCGCUCAGUGCUAGGGAGCUUGGUAAGGGGGACGAGAUAGCUUGGUAUGCGGAUGGAGACUACACAGUGAGAAAUGAGCACAAUCAUUCAAUUGCUUAUGGUUUUGAUAGAGUCUUUGGUCCAGCGACAACAACUCGUCAUGUAUACGAUGUUGCUGCUAGGCAGGUUGUUAGUAGUGCCAUGCAGGGUAUAAAUGGUACAAUUUUUGCUUAUGGAGUUACUAGCAGCGGAAAGACUCACACAAUGCACGGGGAGCAAAAAUCACCUGGAGUUAUUCCACUAGCAGUGAAGGAUGUUUUUGGGAUUAUACAAGAGAUGCCAGGGAGAGAGUUUCUACUUCGUGUUUCAUAUUUAGAAAUCUACAAUGAGGUAAUCAAUGAUUUGCUCGACUCAACAGGACAAAACUUAAGAAUACGAGAAGAUUCACAGGGAACUUAUGUAGAAGGGAUAAAAGAAGAAGUUGUCUUAUCACCAGCUCAUGCUCUAUCUUUGAUAGCAACUGGAGAAGCGCAUAGGCAUGUGGGUUCCAAUAAUAUCAAUCUUCUAAGCAGUCGAAGCCACACUAUAUUCACCUUGACCAUCGAAAGCAUUCCUAGUAGUGAAAAUCAAGGGGGAGAGGAUGUCACACUUUCAAGAUUGCACUUAAUCGAUCUUGCGGGAUCUGAAAGUUCCAAGUCUGAAACAACUGGAAUGCGGAGAAAAGAGGGAUCAUACAUAAAUAAAAGCUUGCUUACUCUUGGAACAGUUAUCUCUAAACUGACUGAUGGAAAGGCAACUCAUGUUCCAUUCCGAGAUUCAAAGCUCACACGUUUACUGCAGUCAUCGCUUAGUGGCCAUGGACUAGUUUCUCUUAUAUGCACUGUGACACCGGCCUCUAGCAAUAGUGAAGAGACACACAAUACACUUAAGUUUGCCCAUCGGACCAAGCAUGUGGAGAUUAAUGCUUCUCAGAAUAAGAUUAUUGAUGAGAAAUCUCUCAUAAAGAAGUAUCAGAAAGAAAUUUCUUCCUUGAAGCAAGAGCUUCACGAUUUAAAGCGUGGCAUGAUGGAGAAUCCUCGUACUGCAUCAACUACUGAGGAAGAUUUGGUUACCUUGAAGCAGCAGUUGGAAGCCGGCCAGGUCAAGUUACAAUCAAGACUAGAAGAAGAGGAACAAGCCAAGGAAGCUCUGAUGGGAAGAAUUCAACGACUCACUAAACUUAUCCUGGUUUCCACAAAGAAUUCCAUGCAACCAAGUCUACCUGAAAAACCAAGCCACAGAAGAAGGCAUUCUUUUGGGGAAGAUGAGCUGGCAUAUUUACCAGAUCGAAAACGAGAGUAUAUCAUUGAGGAAGAUGUGGGAAGCUAUGGUUCUGAGCUUUCAGCAGAAGGAAAGGAUGAUAUAGCUAGCUUAGAUGACUUGGUGAAGGAUUAUAGAAGGAGCAGGAGAAGGGGAAUGCUUGGCUGGUUUAAAUUGAAGAAGCCUGAGUAUUCAGUUGGAUCAUCACUGAGUGCUGACAUUGACAGCCCUGAAAGUCUAUCUCCUGCAUCUAGUUAUAUAUCAUCUCAGAGUCGAGUAACAUUUACUGAUAUAAAGGAUGGACAAAGGAAAUCUGUCAGUAGGAAGGAUGACAAUAAUCUCGUUGUCCCAUUCCCAGAAAGGACACAGGCUGGUGAACUCUUUAGUGCUACUGUUGUAGGCCGUCACUUACCACCGACUGGUACCACCAUCACAGAUCAAAUGGAUCUACUUAGGGAGCAGGUGAAAAUGUUGGCUGGGGAGGUGGCCUUAUCAACUAGUUCCCUGAAAAGAUUGUCAGAGCAAGUUGCUUCUCAUCCUGACGAUUUACAACUUAAGGAUCAAAUGCAGAAAUUGAAAGGCGAAAUUAUUGAAAAGAGGCAUCAGAUGCUAAUUCUCGAGCAACGUAUGAUUGGGUCAAUUGGGAUGACCAUGCCUAACAGCAACGAAUUAUCGGAGGCUUUAUCCAAGGUUACAACUCAGCUCAAUGAAAAAAUGUUUGAACUUGAGGUUAAGUCAGCCGACAAUAGAAUACUUCAGGAACAACUGCAGCUGAAGGCAUCAGAGAAUACCGAACUGCACGAAACAGUACUUUUGCUAAGGCAACAACUAAGCUCUUUGUCAGAUAAGCAGUCAAGCCAUCAGCAGCCUGCAGAAUCAUACGAAGAAAGUUAUAUCAAUGAAAGCACACCAAAGAGUGUAAUGAGCCUGAAUCGAGUGUUUUUGCAAGAAGAAUCUAGACAUUUCAACAGUUCUCAGGGUCUCAUACAGGCUGCCGAAAUAGACAACCUGAAGCAGGAGAAGAUGAGGCUUGUUGAAGAGAAAGAAGGUCUCAAAAUCCAGUGUCAGAAACUUGCAGAGGAAGCUGUAUACGCAAAAGAACUGGCUGCUGCUGCCGGAGUUGAGCUCCGAAACCUAGCUGAGGAAGUGACAAAGCUUUCGUAUCAAAAUGCUCAGCUGGCGACUGAGCUGGCUGAUGCUAAAGAGGCUAUCCUCCGAAGAUCUACCACUUCUAGGGCUACUGAUUUUAAGCCGAAUGGCUCAAAGCUGAGAAAGUCAGUCCCUAUUAAUACUGAGGACUUAAGAUUACCCGGACGUGAAAAUGAGUACCCACUCUCUAAUGGCCACACCCAUAAACCAUCUGAACGUGACAACUUCACCAACAUGGAUGCGGUAAAUAGCUCGGAAUUGUUGAAAGAACGAAAACGAUGCAAGGAGCUGGAGCGUCUUGUAUCAAAGUUAAAGGGAGAUGACAUAAAAAGUCUCGACCCGUCUGCACUAGAUGAGCUUCAGACUUUUCACCUUGAAGCCAUAACCAAAAUCUGUCAUGCCAAGUGUACGACUCAGGAUUCGUAA